GAUUCAUCUCCCCACUUCUAAUAACCCCCCAAUGUCUGAUCGAUCUCCUCUGGCCUUCAACCUGAUAAGCUCUUUGAUCGAUAUUCUGAUAACCCCCCAAUGGAGAACUGUGACUUACCUCCGCCGCGGAAUGUGUUUUCCGGCACGGCGGCGUCACUGGAAGGUGGAAGACGUUGGGGAAAUGAGGAGGUAGACAUCCUGCUCGAAGCACUAAGGUUGUCUCAGACUCGGGCAAGAGUGGCAGAGAGGAGAUACCAACUCAUAUGCAAGGAAAGAGAUUCUCUCUCGAAUCUACUCCUGGAAGAUUCUCUCAGGUUGCUUGCUUGCCAGAACUCGAUCAGGUUGCUUGAGCUUCAAGCUUCACAGAUGGAAGAUGACCAAAACAAGUACAAGACUGCUGAUAAUAGUGUCUCUGCCUUAACAUGGUUCAUGGCAAAGGCUCUUUGUGUGGGAAUAGCUGGGGUUACCCUUGCAUUUGGUUCCAUUUUCUUCUUUUUGACUUAGGCUUAUACUUGAGUUUCAGCUUAUAGGCCUAUAUAUUUAGUCCACCACUUAGUAGGGUUGAUCUUCAACUUUCUUUAGCAUUUAAUUCCAUUAUCCAUCUUGUCUUAACCCCUCUAUUUAAGCUCAUACCAAGUUCUUAAAUUACUAGUCUUUACCUUCUACAAUGAAAUCCUAAGAUUUAAUGUGAAACGGCUGAUUGAAUUUCAUUCUUCA